GUGAACAUUGAGCUCGCUCUGCAUAUUGGCGUUGAUACUAGCCUCUUCACAUGGUCAUUUCGACUGAGAAGUCUCCUUCUUCACACCUACAGCUAGCUAUUUGACAGAGAGCAUCCCUGGUCCUGCAGGACCCCCGCUCCCGACAUCAUGUCGACCCUCACUCGCACCUUUCGCAACCUCUGGAGAAUAGGUUUGAAAGACUUUGGACACCAGAUGCAGUAUAUUGGAGACACCAAAGCCGGAGUCCUCGUCGGUAUUGAUCGAUAUGGCAACAAAUACUUUGAGAAUCUCGAAGAAGAUCUCCCCUUACGGACGCGAUGGGUCGACUACAAGGAUGUGGAGCUAGAUGCUGCUCAGAUCGAACCCGGAUGGCAUGCAUGGAUGAGCUACAAUGUCGAUAAGCCUCCCACGGAAGACCCCAUCAUGGCUGUUGGUCUUAGGCCAUGGGAGAGCAAGACGCCCAAGAUCAACAUGACAGGAACCAGAGCUGCAUACCGACCUUAUUCAACAACCAAACCAAAAUACUCGGCCUGGGCACCCGUGGCUAAAGAACGAACUGGUGCUUGAAUUAUAUAUCGAGCUCCUCCUAGACGGGGUCAUUGUACAUAUGCAUGCACGCGGCGUUGGAAUGGAUGAAUCAUAUCUUGAGUCAGAAAAUCUCAAAGUUCUUAUUUGCCAAA